UGCGAUAACCGUUGUUCAGUGGAGGCUAGGCGUGUCGCAAGACAAAAGUGAAACUUGCAAAAUGUUGUUGAUGUUCGAAGACCAGCACAAGGAACACUUAUCGUUCCUUGAAAAAGUCAGCCCAGAUGUUGUCAAAGAAUUUUGCAGAAUUAGUAUGGGGUUCAUCAGAAAAGGAACCAACACAAAAAUUUUCCAAGGAGCAGCACAGAAGCUGAAUGUGGAUGUUGACACAGUACAACACGGUGUAGAGGGCCUCAUGUACCUACUGACAGAGAGCUCCAAACUCAUGUUGAAUGAGAUAGAUUUCCAAGACUCCAUAAUGACCCUUGGAUUUGAGGAAGACACCAGGCAGACCUUACUAGAGAUAUACCUACAGAACCGACGAGAAAUCAGAACCAUUUUAUCAGAAAUGACCAUGGAUCUUCCCCACUACCACAACUUAGAAUGGAGAUUUGAUGUGAAGUUGGCCAGCAGGUCACUCAGAAGACAGACGACACCGACUAUUCUGUUUAAACUGCAGACGGAUGACUCCGGGGUCAAGGACACUACAGUCUUACAGACUGACCCCGUGAACUUGUUACAUUUAACCAAAGUCCUAGACGAGGCUCUUCAAGAAAUGAAGUCCCCAUACUGCAGAAGAAUAGUUAGAAAUAUUAAGUGAUUUAAAAGUAUACACUAUAAUUAAGUGAUUUAAAAGUAUACACUAUACAGCACGUUUUUUAAUCAACCUCAUGUCAAUGGAUGUCAUGGUGCUAAGUGCUCUUCUGAAAUGAAACAAUUAUUAUUAAGUAACCAAGACAGCUUCCCUGCUGAAGUGGAUUUCUGGUCAGUGCAGAUAUGCGUACAGAAAUUCGAAAAAAGCUACCGUCUUGCCAUGCAGUGAAGAGAUGGAAAAAUUGCGAUAUUAUCAUCCAAUUUAAUAAGUAGGUACAUAUGCAUAUGGAUUGCAGGAACAUGUGCCUGGUAUAAAUUUUGCUAUGUAUUGUAUUCAUUUGUUUAAAAAUAGAUAGAAUUUUUCAAA